AUGGCUUUGGAUUUUGGCUUUGGAUUUGUAGCUGGUGUAACCGGAACAAUAGCUGGUUAUCCAUUUGAUACAGUAAAAGUUCGUCUUCAAACACAAACACUCAGUCAUCGUUUAUAUUCUGGUUCCUUAGAUUGUUUUAUUAAAAUUGCAAAACAAGAAUCAGUAUUAGGUUUUUAUAAAGGCAUGUCAUCACCUAUGUUUGGUGUUGCACUUAUUAAUGGUAUUGUAUUUUCUGUUCAAAACUUUUCAAAAGGUUUAUUUGAUAAUCCUGAUACAUAUAAAUCAUUAGCAGUAACUGGUGCUAUUGCUGGUGGUGUACAAGCUUUUGUUUGUUCCCCAAUUGAACUUAUUAAAACACGUUUACAAAUGCAAGGUAUUGGACAACAAAGAAAAUUAUUUGCAUUAACAACUCAUUUAUAUAACGGUCCAAUUGAUUGUUUAAAAAAAUCUUAUAAUAGACGAGGUGUUCGACAUGGUGUUAUGCGUGGUAUAUCGAUGACACUUGCACGUGAUAUUCCAUCAUUUGCUGCUUAUUUUCCAGCUUGGCAUUUUUUUGUUACACAUUUUUCUCCAACAGGUAAAGAAGCAGAUAUGCCUAUGUAUAUGAGUUUAAUGGGUGGUGCUUUUACUGGUAUUGUUGCUUGGACAGUAUCAUAUCCGUUUGAUGUUAUUAAAAGUCGAUAUCAAGCAGCAAGAGAUCAUGUGUAUAAAGGUGUAUGGGAUUGUGCAGUUAAAUCACUUCGUACGGAAGGAUGGCGAGUAUUUACUCGAGGCUUUGUACCAUGUACUCUUCGUGCCAUUCCAACAAAUGCAUUUACAUAUCCAGUUUAUGCACUUUUAAAACAAACAUUUGAUUCACCACAAGACGAUGACACAUCAAUCAUAACAACAACAACGACUACUACUACUAAACCUAUUGUUAAAUCACAGUCAUUACUAUCAACAGAAGUUUCGUCAACGAAAACGAAAUCAAUCGCCCCAAUCCAAUCAAUAUAA